CUGCUGCUGCGUCCUCCGCUGUGGGCAAUUUGCGGCGGAUCCGGCUUGUACGAUCUACGAUCAGUGGAUCGUCGCCGCAACGGAUCCAAACUGACUUCAACAAACUCUCACCUGUACCAACCCCUUUACUGCUACCUCUUAUGUUUCCCUUCUCCACGAUAUCUCCACGCUUCUCCACGCGGAUUUUCCUCUCUCGGUGCCUGAACUCUUCUUCCUCGGAAACCUUCCUGGCCGACUUUUUCGCAAAAUCUCCGAUCAACUCUAUUUGGAUCUUCCGCAAAGCAAGCACGUCGACGGGACAGGCACCACCCUGUGUGUGUCUGUGAACACGUGCCACCACCGCACUCCGGUCGAUGCUGUCUGUGCUGUCGUUUCUGUCUCUACUUCCCCCCCACUGUGCUUGUUGUCGUUUCCUCAGCUGCUGCCUGCGGUUUUCAGCUGCUGCAAAGCCCGUGUAGCCCGACCCGUGCAGGAUAUGCACGAUCUUUGCUUGGAUCUUCCCCGAAUCGAUCUUGACCUGACGGGGACACGUGUGCUUCUACACACGCGUCCCCGCCACACACACUGGUAGCUGUCCCGCACCCGAAGCUGAGUAGGGUUAUUGUGCGAGUGUAGGCUACUAUAGGGUCAGGGUGAUUUCUAUUGACUUGCGGACCCCUCGGGGCCAUUAUAUUUGAGUGUACCUUUUUAGGGUAGUUAGCCUGCGACCACGGGAAUCGACCGCGUCGAGAGUUGUAUCAGUACGGACAUACGAAGGUACUGGGUAGAGAGAGAUCGGAACGGCUUUGAACGUGAAGACAACAACAACAACAACAACAACAACAAUAGAAAUAUGGUCCGUGCACAACAAUUUGUCCAAUCACGUUUUGUGCGAUAACUUUUUUUUGAAAAAAAAUUGGAACGUGAAACAACGAUGGUCGUGACCGCCUCGUCGAGAUACGUCGAUAGCCGCAGAGUUUUUAUUUUUCUGGUGACAUGCAACAUUUUUGACCAAANUAUGGUCCGUGCACAACAAUUUGUCCAAUCACGUUUUGUGCGAUAACUUUUUUUUGAAAAAAAAUUGGAACGUGAAACAACGAUGGUCGUGACCGCCUCGUCGAGAUACGUCGAUAGCCGCAGAGUUUUUAUUUUUCUGGUGACAUGCAACAUUUUUGACCAAAAUCAUACACGGAGCCCCCCAGAAUGCAGUAUACCUCCCCUAUGUAAUCACGGAACCCCCCUAAUCGUUCCCUGG